AUGAGUAUUUCUAGGGAUAAUGUUGAGGUAUUUGAUUCUGCAAAUUCUAGUGCAGAUGAAGUUGAAAUAAUUGAAGAUUUGGAUGUUAAGGUUCAAGAAGAUAAGAGCUUGCCCAAUGAACCAAAUAAUGGGUCAUCUUCAUAUGUGAAGCCGUAUGUGGGGCUACAAUUUAACGAUGUAGAAGAUGCACAUACUUGCUAUAAAGCCUUCUCUAGACGAACUGGUUUUAGCAUUCGAACAAACCAUACCCGAUUGGCAAAGAAAGACAGAUCACUAAUUGGGGUAGAAUAUGUUUGUUCAAGGGAAGGGUUUCGUCGCUGGAAUUUGAAAUCAAAAAAUAGAGUAAGACCCGAGAAUGCAGAAACAAAGAUUGGGGGUAAAGCAAUGAAGAUUGGGUGUAAAGCAAUGACGACGAUAAGGAAGGAUGGAGAAAAAUGGGUUGUGUCCAAGUUUUUACUCCAGCAUAAUCAUGAACUGCUGACACCUAGGAGUACAAGUUUUCUUCAUGGGCAUAGAAAGGAACACCAGCGCAAAAAAAUUUAA